UUCUCAAUCUUCUUCUUCUUCGAUCAUUUCCAUCUUCUUCUUCCUCUUCUUCUCCUUCUCCACCACAACUCGGUUCUCGUACGCAUGUGCUACUCGAUCGGAGGGUGGCUUUACUCUCUCGCCGUGUGCUCGCGAGGUAAUGGACGCUGUUUGAUCGGUGAGCGCGCAUUUGCCGAUUGUUUGAAUCUUCUUCUACUUCGGGUUGUUAAGUCAAGGAAUCUAAGCUUUUUCUUGGACUUUCUGUUUGGUUGGCGGGAAAUCUAACGGAAGGAAAAGCAUAUAGAGAAAUGGGAUUGUAAAAUUGGAAAGCUUACUUUGCGUAAGCCAAGUAGGUGGAGGAUUUUUGUUCUCUCUGAUUUAAUUGAGUGAAAUCUGAAAAUCUAAUCUCUUUGAUGGGUAUGGGACGCAUAUGCUGAUCUUGCUUUGGCAAGUCGGUUGUUGUAACCUGGUCACGGGCUAAGGUUAUGCCUGCACGUUUAAGCUUAAUCUUAAUCCCAGUUUACUGGAGGAAGCUUUUUACCGUUUAGAUGGCUUUGAAUUUCAGUAGAUUUGGCUCUGGGAGGAACUGCAAGAGAGGUAUUCAAGCGAGGGAAGGAAUCAAGGAAACAAGCAAUCUGCAGAUCUUCUAAAGAUACAGUGACACCUCUUGCUUUAAAUAAUAAAAGUAUGAAACAAUCACACUUUUCAGUGCUUCUCAUUCAUGCAACGUGUUAGUGUAGGAAUUACUGGUUUUUGGGUUCUGUACAUGCAGUUUGGUUCACUGGGAAAAUGAGGGAAAUACAGAUUAUAUUUAUGUCUUUUCUUUUUUGUUUUGUUUCAGUUUUGAAUGAAAUGCUUUGGUUUUAAAUGAAGGAAAAAUUACUUUAGAAGACAAGUCAAAUCAUUUGCUUUGGGCUUGGCUGAGCGGAAAAUUUUCUUUUCCUCCCAUUUUCAGAGCCUAAAAAUUAAAUGCUAUGUGCAAUCCAGCAUUAAUAGAUUGCUUACUGUGUUAUCAGCAAAAUAAGGAUUAACGUUCUUUCCCUUCUUGUUGCUGAUCUAAUACUUAUGAAGACAACCCCAAGGGGUUGGCCCAAGUGGUGAAAGUUUUGGACUUGGUGGCAUCUCCAUCAAGUCUAAGGUUUGAAGUGGGGCUUGCACAGGUCUGGGGUUUAUCUUUCAGGGACAACUGAGGAAACUCAUGGCCCCAUCAAGAAAAUCGAGAAGUGUGAACAAGCGGUUUUCCUAUAUUAAUGAGGUUGCUUCUAGUAAAGAUGGAGAAAAUGCUAACAAAAGGCAGCGGGUCAGUCCUGGCUUUGUUCAAAAGAAGCGGAAGUUGUCUGACAUGUUAGGAUCUCAAUGGAGCAAGGAAGAGCUUGAGCGCUUUUAUGCAGCAUAUCGUAAGCAUGGGAAAGAUUGGAAGAAGGUGGCUGCUGUAGUGCGUAACCGCUCCGUGGAUAUGGUAGAGGCCCUUUACACUAUGAAUAAGGCCUACUUAUCUCUUCCAGAGGGUACUGCUUCUGUGGUUGGACUAAUAGCUAUGAUGACUGAUCACUAUUCUGUACUGGAAGGAAGUGAUAGUGAAGAAGAAAGCAAUGAGGAUGCAGGAGCAUCUCGGAAGCCUCAAAAGCGGGCACGGGGAAAAAUCCAGAAUAACACCUCUAAAGAAUUAGUUGGGCAGUUUUCUGACCUUUCACGGUCCCAGUCCUUUGCAUCAAGUUAUGGCUGCCUGUCAAUAUUGAAGAAGAGGCGCUCUGGAAUUAAGCCCCAUGCUGUUAAAAAGAGGACGCCUCGGGUCCCUGUUUCUUACGAUAGAGAUAAUGGAGAGAAGUAUUUUUCACCAGCUAGGCACAGUUCAAAACAAAGGGUGGAUGCUAAAGAUGAUGAUGUUGCCCACGAGAUUGCAUUAGUGUUGACAGAGGCUUCACAGAGAGGUGGUUCUCCCCAACUUUCUCGAACACCAAACAGAAAAACAAAAGGUGCCACACUGUCACCUGUUCACAACGGUGAAAAGAUGCAUGCUGAAGCAGAGAUGAGUUAUGCCAAGCUUCGCGUUAGUGAAGUGGAUGAGGGUGCUUGUGAAUUAAGCUUAGGAAGCACUGAAGCUGAUAAUGACGAUUAUGCUAGAGAUAAAAGAAAUUCAAGAGGUAGAGAAGGUGCUGGUACUGUAGAAGGUCAACAAAAGGUGAAGAGAUACAAUGGAAGGAAGCCAGAAGUUGAAGAAAGCAUAAACAAUGAUUUGGAUGACAUAAAGGAAGCCUGUAGUGGGACAGAGGAAGGACAAAAACCUGUUGCUGUCAAAGGAAAGCUUGAAAGUGAAGUUGUUGCCAGGUCUUCUGUCAAGGGUCUGAGGAAGAGAAGUAAAAAAGUUCUUUUUGGAGAAGAUGAAGGCUCUGCCUUUGAUGCCCUGCAAACUUUGGCAGAUCUGUCUUUGAUGAUGCCAUAUAAUGGGAAUCAUUUUAUUCCUGGAGUCAAAGCCAGUGCUUUGAGAACGGCUAAGCUGGACAAAGGUUUUGCUCACAACAUUGGUGCUAUUCCUGAAACAAAGGAGGAAACUCACCAAUCUAAUACUGGAAUGCGAAAAAGGAAACAGAAAAUUUUACCAUUUAAAAGUGUUGAAAAUGAAGCUCAUUCUGAUUCUCAUCUGAGCGAAUCUAAAAAAAUUGAGGCUAUUGCUGAAGUGAAGGUGUCCUUGAGUAAAGGUAAACGCUCUUCUCAUAAUGCCUCACAACCAAAACCAGGAAAGAUGGUGAAACCAACAGAACAUAUAUCUUCAAGUACUGAUCGCAGAAGGGAAGGGAAGGAUUCAACUCUAUCAACUUUAAAGGUUUCAUCAGCAGACCAGUUCAAACUACCAACUAAAGUUAGGAGUAGACGGAAGAUGGAUGUACAGAAACCACUGAUACAGAAUGAUUCAAAGUCUUCUGAAAGUAUUUUAAAUGAACAUCCCAAUAUACCCAUUCCUUCAACUGAUGACAGAGCACUUAGUCUUAAGGAAAAGCUUUCUAAUUGCCUAUCUUGGUAUCAAGCACGGAGAUGGUGCACUUUUGAGUGGUUCUACAGUGCAAUUGAUUAUCCAUGGUUUGCAAAAAGGGAGUUCGUGGAGUACUUGGAUCACGUUGGAUUGGGUCAUGUUCCAAGAUUAACCUGUGUUGAAUGGGGUGUCAUAAGGAGUUCACUUGGCAGACCCCGGAGAUUUUCUGAGCAAUUUCUGAAGGAAGAGAGAGAGAAGCUAAAUCAAUACCGGGAAUCUGUUAGAAGACAUUAUGCUGAACUUAGUGCUGGUACCAGGGAAGGACUUCCAACUGAUUUAGCUCGUCCUUUAUCAGUUGGACAACGUGUUAUUGCUCUUCAUCCGAGGACACGAGAAAUUCACGAUGGAAGUGUAUUAACUGUUGACCAUUGUAGGAGUCGAAUUCAGUUUGACCGGCCUGAUUUAGGGGUUGAAUUUGUCCCGGAUAUUGAUUGCAUGCCUUUAAAUCCAGUGGAAAAUAUGCCUGCUUCUCUUACAAGAAACGUCACGGUCAAUAAAUUAUUAGAAAACUUCAAUGAGCUCAAGAUUAAAUUUUCCCCAAAUGAGAACCUGGACAAUACAGAUGGUCCUUAUAAUUCCAAGUCAUCUCAUCAGAUCAGCAAUUUAUUAAAGCAGGGCGGGUCACCAAGCUCUAGCGUUCAAGCUAAAGUAAGGCCUAGUGAAAUUGCUAAAACCCAACAAAUAGCAAAUUCUCAGUUUUCACUUCUUGCUCAGAUUCAAGCAAAGGAAGCUGAUGUACAAGCUCUUUCUGCGUUGACUUGUUCUCUUGAGAAAAAGGAAGCUGUGGUGUUGGAGCUGAAGCGCAUGAAUGAUGCGGUAUUUGAAAACCAAAAAGAUGGGGAUAACUCUCUCAAGGAUUCAGAACGUUUUAAGAAGCAAUAUGCUGCAGUACUCUUACAGUUAAAUGAAGUCAAUGAGCAGGUUUCUUCUGCUCUGUUUUGCUUGAGGCAACGUAACACGUAUCGACAGAGCUCCCCACUUAUGUUGUUGAAGCCCACGGCUAGUUUAGGUGACCCUGGUGGUCAGUUGAGCUCUUUCGAUUGUUCUACUUGUCAUACCCAAGAAUCUGGACCUCAUGUUGCUGAAAUUGUUGAAAGUUCAAGAACAAAAGCUCAAAUUAUGGUUGAUGUGGCUAUGCAGGCAGUUUCUUGUUUUAAAAAGGGGGGAGCUAACAUUGAGACGAUUGAGGAGGCUAUAGAUUUUGUAAAUAAUCAGCUUUUAGUAGAUGAAUCUAGCAUGUUAGCCAGGAGGGCUUCCACUCCUGCAGAUUCUCUUCAUGUUACUGAGGCGUCUCAGGAUCAGUCAACUGCCUGUACGUCAAUUUCAUCAGCAACUGAUCAUGCACCUGAUCCUAAGUCAGGCACAUUGUCUGACCAAAAUGAAGCAAAAAUCCCUUCAGAACUUAUCGCUAACUGUGUAGCUACUUUGUUCAUGAUUCAGAAGUGCACAGAACGUCAGUUUCCACCAGCUGAUGUUGCCCAGGUGCUUGAUUCUGCUGUAACAAGUAUGCAGCCAUGUUGUUCACAGAAUCUUCCAAUUUACGCAGAGAUACAGAAAUGCAUGGGAAUUAUUAGAAAUCAGAUAUUGGCACUCAUACCUACAUAGCACGCGUUACUGAAGCGCAAUAUAUUUCAAUCCGGGUUCAUCAUUGCCUUGGCGGAGUAAGCUUAAAUGCCAUAACUAUAAUUUGAUUUGACAGGUCUGCUUGAGGAAGAGAGGAGAGGGAGAGAGUGUUGUGGUAUUCGGGGGAGGGGAGCAAGCACUGUUAUAAUUAUAGGAUGCAAUCGGGUAGUGGAGAUACAUUGUGUUUUGCUCCUCAUUAGUGGUUUGUCCUCCGGCAGCUUCACCUCAGGCCAAACAAUCAAUCACAUUCAGAAAACAAGGUAAAAUGCCCACAAAAAUUCAUUGGGACUCAAAUUAAAUUCAUGGCUGUAAGUAGAGUAUGAAUCCAUUGAUGGGUGUCCAACAUGCCAGCAAUGGGAUGUCUACUAACAGUAACAGCUGCCGCAUGUCGGUCCCACAUUCGACCCGUUAUAAGAUAUCUCUCACACAUUACAAGUAAUCUGUUACUUAUAAUGCUGAUUUAACAUUUGUCUUUGGUUACAACUUGCAAGAUAACAAGAAGUUUUUUCUCCAAAA